GAAAGUUCCUAGCAGACAUUCGAAAAGAAAAACCGAGCCCUUUGAAAGAGUUCAGUUGUAGCCGACAGUAUCAAUUGGACGAAGCACUUCAGACUGAACAAAGAUGCCAUAUUCUACGUUUCCACUGCUGUGGGUCCUGGGGCUCCUCGCGCUCUCCUCCGCGUGCUACAUCCAGAACUGUCCGCGAGGCGGGAAGCGCUCUUUUCCUGAUCUUCCACGACAGUGCAUGUCGUGUGGCCCCGGGGACAGGGGCCGCUGCUUUGGCCCCAAUAUCUGCUGUGGGGAGGGAAUGGGCUGUUACAUGGGCUCCCCAGAGGCAGCUGGUUGUGUGGAGGAGAACUACCUGCCCUCCCCCUGCGAGGCUGGAGGAAGAGUGUGUGGCUCUGAGGGAAGCUGUGCUGCAUCCGGAGUCUGCUGUGACUCAGAGAGUUGUGUGCUAGACCCAGACUGCCUAGAGGACAGUAAACGUCAGUCACCCAGCGAACAGAACGCUGCCUUAAUGGGUGGUUUGGCAGGAGACCUGCUGCGGAUCCUACAUGCCACCAGCAGAGGGAGACCUCAGUAACCAACCACUGCCCAUCCCUCACCUGAACACACCCAGAAUAGAGCUUAAAUUCACCAUUAAAUUUAUCAGCUCUACAUGAAUGUUUACUGUGUGCUCAGUAGCCUUCAGUAAGUUGUCAUUUCUAAUGCUUCAACUCAAAUAUGCAUUGUACAAUCUACUGGGGUGGAAGGGAUGUAAAUAUGUAGUUAAUAAAUAUUUUCUUGCACUAUUAAAA